AUGGCAAACUGUCCAAUUUCACGCGCUAUCCUGGGUGUUGAGAACAGCUUUCGAGACCUUGUCGGCAGUUUCCCAGAGGGAGAAGCCAUGCUCAAGAUCACCGAUGACGGGAAAGCGAUGCAAUGGAUUCAGUCGUCUCCGGACUGGGAAUCGGUCAGCCAUACUCUGCGUGCGCGUAUCGACGGCAUGGAACUCCUGCCGAUAGGGGACUCAGGCCGGAAUCCUUUCCUCCCUCUGAUCGAGGAACUCACCACCAACACGUCUUUACCUCUGCCACUUUUCGACCCGCCGUGCAACAGCAAUAUCCCUUUCGCAGACUGCUUGGUUCAGCUUUUCGCUGAACUCGCGCUUAGCCUGAUGAAGCUUGCGUCGUUCAUGAUCAAGAACCCAACAGACGACACCUGGCUUCUGGUUUACGACAAUCUCGACGACGUGCAGAUCCUCCGGAAGUUUUGGCCAGAUAGAGGCAAGGGCCACAUCAUCGUCACGAGCCGCAAUCCUUACACGGCGAGUUUCCGUGCCUGCGCCAGCAUCAGCGUCUUACCCCUGAACAUGGAGGAGUCGGUCAAGCUCUUCUACAAUGAGAUCAGCUGGUUCCAGCUCCCGCAGCGGAACUUGAAAAUCGAAAAGUUGCUGGGCGACUGGAAGGGCGUUCCGCUGGCCAUAAAUUAGAUGAGCAGCUUCAUCACCCGCGUUCAAAUGGACCUGGACACGUUCGUCAAGCUCUGCUCAACGAGCGCGCCCCAGCUUCUGCAAAAGACCAAUCUGUACGAUGAGUGCCCCCAUAGUGUUGCCACCGCGUUCGCGACCGAACAGUUGCAGGAGAAACCGAAAGCGAUCUUGCAUGCCAUGUGUUUCUUUGACCCGGACCGAAUACCGUGCGAAGUGAUUCAAUCGAGCUUCGAUCUAGACAGGGAAGAUGAGG